CUCUCUCUCAAUCGAUCUCUUUCCGUACCAGGUGGUGAGGCGGAUGAACGAGGUGGCGAACUCCGACGAUAGCAAGAUGAGAUCCAAUGGCAUCGCCACCGGCGGCGGCAGCGAGGAAGGCAUUUGCGGGACGAUCGAGUUCGAGCUCGAUCCCGUCGUUGCUGGCUGCUGCGGCGAUACGCUCUGCUCUGUCCUCCGCGAUUUUUUCGCGGGCGUCGUUUCGCCGCCUCCGCUCGCGCUUCUCUCGCGGAUCAAGUCCUCAGUUGCCAAGUCCUUCCCCCGCCUUCAAGACGCUUCGAGAAACUCCGCGAGGGACCUCUGCCUCUGAACCCGCCGCGGCGGCCCCCUGCGCGCUCUCUUUGUCAUCUCGGAUGGAUCAGAUUUUUCUGGAUCGUUUGGCUUGUCACCAAGAAAAGUUUGCACCUCACCUCACGAUCAAUUAGCAAGACAAGUUCCACUGUAUCUACAUAUGCAACUGCUUGGCAAACAGGAUGGGAUGCCACGCCAAAAUCGGCUGGUUGAAAAUGACAAUUGACUACGUGAACAUCCAUUUCACAUGACUCAUUCCUUUUGCAAGCAUGUAAGCACAUAGACACUGAUACUCGUUUUUAGCAUUCAAUGCACACAUCGCACAACCUCCUAAGCUCUGCAUUGUUAGAGAGGAAUAAGUAGAAACGAACAAGGAACCCACUCUUUGGUUUGAAUCAAUCUCUAGCAUUUCUAUUACUAAGUGAUAAUUGUGAAGUUUUAUUGUAAGCACAAUGAAAGCCUUAGGCGAAGUCUUUGAAGAGGCAGUUGAACUAAGUUCCAUCGAGUCCAUAUGUAAAUUUUUUAUCUACAUGUUCUUAAUGCAAGACGAUAAGACAUAGCAACUGGUGCUAAAGCUAUCUCUAAUCUUGUUU